AUGAAAACUUCAGUAUUCCCUGUUCCGGGCAAUAUUGAAGUUAUGGCGAAAGCCAUAGCUAAUCCAGCAACCGCCAAAAUCAUGACAAUUCAAGAUGCCAAAAAGAGUCCAGUCAAGUCCAUGGUCUCUAUAAGAGGACGAGUAACUUCAGAGGAAAUGGUCCGUACAGUACAAGUUCGAGGGAAUGACGUUCUUCAAGUCAGGAAUGUCAGAAUCAAUGAUGGUUCAGAAGAAAUCAAGCUUGCCUUGUGGAGAGAUCAAGUAAAUGGAUGCAACUUGGUCACUUCCUCCUACAUGGAGGAGGUGUCCCUAUCAACAACACAAAGAACAAAAAUAGAGCCCUGUGAGGAACCUUCAUCCAUUGUGAAUGGAUCUGUUGUCGCCUACGAAAAAACAGAUGGGGGAUAUUCCCUUCUUAUUGAAGAGAAUGAACGAUUCUUCACACACAGCAUUUCUUUAGGAAUACUGUGUGCAGGUCUCGGUUCUGAAGAGGCAACUGUAGAGCGCACAAUGUCUCUCUUAAUACCUCUUGACUGUGAAGUACAAUACACAAGGGGAACUGUGGAAACAUUUUCAUGCAGAUCUACCCUAACAACUCAGCAGAAAUGA